AUGUUGGAGGUCCAGUGCAGCUGCACGAAGAAGAGCACGACCACCGAGAAGGCGGACAGGAAGAGGAUGGACGGCACCUCCUUCGACCCAAUCCUGCCGCUGCUCGCUCCUGGGGUCGCCGGGAAACGCGAGGGACAGCGCGGCACGUCAGCUCACCUCCGCCCUCGCUGCCCCCGAGGUCGGCGCCCCAGCAGCGCCUCGCUGCGGGGCUCUACAUAUCAGGUCGGGCAUGUCCUCCUGCAGGCUGAUUUCGGACGAAACAUUUUUAUAAACAAAGGACACGCCCGACUUAACUCUACA